CAACCAGAGGAAGCUACUAACUGCUCACACAGCCCCGUCUGGGUUUUGCUUUCAUUGGGAGGAGACGAUGAGAGCCACAACACUCGAACCUGUAAGUGAUGGUGUGAGGACCCGGUGAGGGGAGACUCGUGUGCAAACAUGCGGGUUUUUCUCCCUUUGCUGUGCGUUCUGUGUGCGGCACGUGUCCAAGGCAUUUUCGACGGAACCUGUCCCAGAAAAGACUCUCCCCCCGGCGUGUUGGUUGUACCUCCGGGCAGUACGUUGCUGUUGAGCUGCAGCGGCCGCGUGGAGGUGGACGGAGUGAAGGUCAGCGUUCACAAGAACAGUUCAAACAACAGAAGAGGGAGUUCUUUAAAUGUCACCCCGUCCAGCGCAAACAUUACAAGCACAGCUGGAGUUUUGACGAAAGGCCCAAAACGCGCUGCGAAAAAGACCGUAAGUGAGGAACCCCGGUGGAACUCCACCUCGGCAGCGGGACGCAGAAGCCUCGGACUUGGUCCCGGUGCAGAACACGCAGCUUCCGCCACCAGUCCGAGCACGCUGCUGGAGGACGAACCCGACUGGGAGGCGAAGGCGAUGGAUGGAGCCGGCGAUUAUGAGGAGGAAGAGGAGGGAGCGGAGGGAGCAGGGAGCAGAGUCACUAGGGGCGUAACGUCCAGGCUGCAGUGGAAGUGGAAGUGGAACGGUAGGACGGUGCGAAAGGAGGGCAGAGACCAGGGGGCGAUCACGUUGGACAGGAGAGGGGCCUCGCUGUCUCUGUCCUCGGUGGGACUGACGGACUCUGGGAAGUACGCGUGUUAUCACAGAGGCAGAGAGAGGUUCUCCUUGAAGGUGAAUGUUGCAGACCCUCCAGAGAAUCCCAGCCUGUCCUGCUACAAAAGCUCCCCCAGCAGUAAGAUUCGCUGUGAGUGGGCACCUCAGACGCCCGUCACGAUAUCGCCUACCUGUUACCUCUUGCUCAAUAAAAGCCCGACCGACGUAUUCCAUCGAUCGGCGUGCUCAUACUCGCCGCGGCGCUCUCGCUGCUGGUGCGCCCUGGGCCACAACGAGGACGAGCAGAGAACCGUCCACACGGUCUACCUGUGUGUCACCAGCAUCGCGGGGAACGCCACCAGCGCCCCGCUGCACUUCAUACCUCUGGGCAUUUUGAAGCCCGAACCUCCUUCGGACGUGGCGGUGCGACAGGAGGAGGGGCGGGAGAAGUGGAUGACCGCUACCUGGGGUUUGCCGAACUCCUGGAAGUCUCAAGACCGCUAUUACGAGCUGAUCUACGAGAUCAAAUACCGGCCUCUCAAGUCCACGUUAUCUCACGGGCAGAGGCACACGACGAAGCAGCGCUCGUACACUAUCGUUGACGCGAUGCCCGGUGUCGAGUACUUGAUUCAACUGCGAAGCAGGGAGGAGUACGACGGUCUGUGGAGUGACUGGAGUACGCCGGUCUACGCCAGCAGCUCGGCAACAGCCAAAGGGCCAAUCGAGUCGUCGGAGGAUGAUCUCUCUGCACCAACGUUUCCAGUAUAUCCAGAUGUUGAGGGCAGCUCUGGUACAGAUGACGAUGUGUUUUUUGCUCCUGAGCCAGUCCAAAGUGGUACCGAGGUGUUACAUGUCAUUUGGAUCUCCGUUUCAUUAUCCUUCUUGUCGGUCAUUUUGGUUGCCUACAUAUUGAGACACAAGGACAGACUUAUGCCAAAGCUCCGGAGUCAGGGACUCGUCGUCAUACAGCGUGCUGACUCUGCGCCGCCUCCGCCUCCCACCGCAACACCUCCAGAAGGGCAGGUUCAGGUGACCUUUAGGCCUCCGGGUUACAACAAAACCCCGCAGAGCGACGUGGAAGAAGAGGAAGAAGAAAAUGAAGAACAGCUCCUGAAGGAGACUGCAGAAGGCGUCCACUUGAACAACACAAGUUAUUUUUUUCUGCAUAGGGACUGAUGAGCAAGCAGAAAAGGGAAUAUAUUUCUCCUUUCCUUUUCGGAAAAGACGGAUAAAGGAUACUGGACACAAUUGUUAUUUGUUCUCCUUUAAGCUUCGGGUGGAAACAAACUCAGGAACUGGUCGUGAUCUGUCUCUCACUCGCUACUGUAUCUUCAACAAAAUACCUCUCAAAUAUGUUUUGCUCAAGAGCGGCCUUUGCUCUCUGUCUUCUGUCUGUGCCCAGUUAAUGUGUGUUAAUAAACUGUAUACUUUUUGCCUCAUUAUA